AUGCCCCGCAUUGUCGAGACCGUCAAAGAUGGCAUCUCCGACUCUUUGGUGCGCUGCCAGAGGUGGCUUGACACGCCCAACGGCCGUGGCGUGCUGAAAUGCACCGUCGCCUACACUAUUGCCAGUCUCGCGACCUUUGUGCCGUUUCUAGCCAACUUUCUGGGCAAGCCGGAGGGUAAACAUGUUGUCGCUACCAUUACGGUCUAUUUCCACCCGGCGAGAUCGGCCGGGUCCAUGAUCGAGGCUAUUCUUAUCGCCAUCGUUGCUGUCGCUUACGCUGAGGUUCUUUCGCUGCUUUCCAUGGUCACAUCGGUGUUUGUCGGUUCGAAAAUGCACUUGGUGACUGUGUCGCACGUCCUAGUUGUUGUGGUCUUCAUCGGCGGCGGGUUCGGCUUCAUGGGCUGGGUCAAGCAGAGGAUGCUCAAUCCCCUUGUCAAUGUCGGCACCACGCUUGCAUCACUGGCUAUAAUUGGUGUCGUCACAAAAGAGAACCACGUCAUGUCAAACGUCUUUUCCAACGAGAAGGUGCUCCAGCUUUUCAAAAUGCUCGUCAUGGGCAUCACAACUACAACUGCAGUGAACCUGUUGCUAUGGAGGACCUGCGCUCGCACGUCGUUACGAGAGACCAUGAACCGCGUUUCGAUACCACUCGGAGAUAUGCUAUACAUGAUAACAAACAGCUUCCUCAGCGGUUCGGAAGAGGGGCUCUUAUCUGAUGGGUUCAUAGCAGCAUCUACCCACUACUCAAAAUCCUACAACCAGAUGAUGAAGGAUAUGAGAGAAGCCAAAUUUGAGCAUUACUUCCUUGGCCACGAGGAAAUAUACGAACAUGAGAAGUCUGUCGCAAGGUCCAUGGAGACACUUGCGCAGGCCUUGGGUGGAUUGAGAAAUGCAACCAAUACUCAGCUCGAGCAACUGAAACAUCCAAAGCAACUCACAACAGGGACCAGCACCAUAAACACCGCGCGUCAGUUAUUCGAACACUUCAAUGAAUCAAUCACGAUGUCCAUGACAGGUGUACGGCAGAACCUAUGCAGAAUCCUGCACGAGCCACAGUUCGGCCAGCCUCCCAAUUUUGAGAUCAACGUGGACGAAGACCUGCGACGGAACCUGAUGGAUUCGCUAAGCACGUUCGAUACAGCGCGAUCAGAUGCCCUGGAGGGACUAUACGACCAGAUCGAACAGAUGGCUUCAUCUUCAGAAACCACACGUGCAAAUCUAGAAGAAGUUGCGGCUGCCUGUGGACACUUCACAUUCAGUUUGCAAUCCUUCGGAGAAGACGUCCUCCAAUAUCUCGACGUACUGGAUGAUCUAGAAUAUGUGAUUCUCCACAAGAACAGAAGUUGGAGAUGGCUGCUCUGGUGGAAGGGUAGUAGCGAGGAAGACCGCAAUAAAGCUAUUCGGCUGUUUGAAUCUGCUGAGGCCGAUGUGUUGAUGCGCUCGAGACAGCGAUCUGUAAGCGUUGCAGAGAGCACUGCUGCAGUUCCCACUCCUGUGGAUUUGAGGACGUGGUAUCAUGCGCCAGAUCUGAAUCAAAUACUGGCUUGGUUCUGGAGAAACCUCUCAGCGCUUUUCAAGAAGAUGGCGCGAGACGAUAUCCAGUUCGGCCUCAAGGUCGGUAUUGGUGCAGCUCUUUGGGCCAUGCUCGCCUUUCUCAAGGAAACAAGGGAGUUAUAUACACAAUGGCGUGGUGAAUGGGGCUUGCUAUCGUUCAUCAUCGUCUGCAGUUUCACGGUUGGAGCUUCGAAUACUGUCAGUCUGGCUCGAUUCAUCGGAACGUUAUUCGGAGCGUUGUUCUCAGUCAUCAACUGGAAAAUUAGCUAUGGUUACGCCCUUAUUCUAAUACCGCUCGGUUGGCUGACCAGCUUUGUCAAUUUCUAUCUCGUCAUACAGCAUGGCAAAGCCUCGUUCGGACGCAUUAGUCUCCUCGCUUACAAUGUUUCCACCCUGUAUGCCUACAGACUCCAAAGAAAGGCGGAUGGCAAAGACCCAACCGAAGACGACGGCUUCCAGCAGCCGGAUAUCCUGGAGAUUGCAAAGCGUCGUGCGAUCGCCGUUACAGCAGGCAUUAUCUGGGGUCUUGUCAUCUGCCGCGUCAUCUGGCCCAUCUCAGCGCGCCGCAAGUUCAAAGAAAGCCUCGCAGUACUUCAUCUCCAGAUGGGUCUCAUUUGGAAGCGAGGACCUCUCACUGUACUCUUCCGCAGUGAGGGCUCUCAGAGCUAUCUCAAAUCCGGCGAACAAGCUGCAUUACAGAGAUACGCGGCUAACCUGGAUAGUUUGAGAGUUUCUGCUGCAUCUGAGUUUGAGCUACGCGGGCCCUUUCCGAUGGAGGUCUACGGCCGUGUUUUGAAAGGAACAAUGCGUAUUCUGGACGGCUUCUACAACAUGAGUCUCGUCGCGUGCCGCAAGGGCCAUCUCACUGAGGGUGAAAGAGCGCUUCUGGAGUAUACAGCCCGCGAACGAGCUAUUCUCUGCGAUCACAUCUGCCAAGCCUUCCAGGUCGUAGCAAGCUCAACUAUGCUCGAGUACCCAUUCGCCGAUGCAACUGCGAGUAUUGUUUCAGCACGCGAGAAUCUCCUGAGUAAAAUAUUUGAGUUCAGAAAAGCGCACCCCCGGAGACUAUUGUUUGACGACAGUGGGAGCAGUAGUGAUUCGGAGCAGUUACUCGUGGAGGAGAGGGACUAUGCGUUGCUGUAUGCUUACGCGCUUGUGACAGGACAGGUCGCGGAUGAGUUACGGAUGGUGGGGAAGGAGAUUGGCAGUCUAUUUGGUGUCUUGGAUGAGGACACUAGGCUUUUACAAUAG